CUCCAGUCCACUUUCGUUACAUAGAAACUUGAGGCGUCAUGGAAAGCGCUGUGGCGUCCCUUCAAUCUGUGGGCUCUUUUCGUGUAGGGGUGUCCAACAAGAAUGCCUGUCCACGUUGCGCUCAGCAUUUGGAGAUAGUGCAGUCCCUCUCCCAGAGAGGAUUGAGGCGCCCCCGCUGGUCUCCAUCAAGUUUCAGCAUCGACCCCUCGUUCGGGCGUCUGUAUAUCCUUUGUACUCAUCAAUCAAGGACAGAAGAGCCUGCUAUUUUGAAAAUGGGCACAGGUGCUACCCAAACAGGUAUGGUUGGAGCGCAGGUCUCGAGUAGCAGGUCCGCUGCUUCGGAGGCAAAUGCUGAAAGUAGUGGCGAGAGCGCUAGGCAAAGGGACAGUGGAUUGAUGCUGACUGGGACAGUGCGCGAAGGCGCACUUGACUUGUCUCGUGACGACAUGUGUGCAUCUGCCACCACCAAUCCAUCGCCACUUGUCGGAAACCCACUUGACAACCGAGAAGUGACGGGGUCAGGAGACGGGACCACCGGCGAACGAGGAGUCAGUGGAAUUGUCGCGGAUGCUUCCAAUUCACAGAGCCACCUAGACCAAGAAAUGUAUGCAUCCACUUUGGGCCAAAGUGGUCAGGAGGACUUCUCAGAGGAAGCGCCUGCUCCUUUUAAAGGCGCUGCCCAUAACAACGAAAGCAUUGGUGAGCAUCUAGACCUUGUCGAUGAUGUACCCGAGGGGCACACGGAGUUGAGAAGCUUUGGGCAGUGGGGGGAGGAGCCAAGACGGCCUGCUAAAAGAAGCAAGCGCAAGCAGUACGUCUGGCCCGAGCUUAGGACAGCAGAGAACGAGGAGCCUGAUUACGAGUACCUGGAAGUAGACCCUUCGGAGCUUCCCGAGCGGCGAACGAGCUCGCAGAAGGCGUCGAGCAGCGGGCGUGCCAUAAAAUACACCGCCCCAAAGGCGAAAAACAGGGGUCAGAAAAGCACGGCCAGUGUCAAGAGGGAGCCCAGUGCGGCGGCCCAGGCGUGCUUGACACUGCUGAGCGAGUACCAAGAUCCGGGAUACUUGCCAUACGAGGAGUUUCGGGACACGUUGAGGGAGUGGGUGAACGAGCAGGCGCCGAGGAGGGCAGACGGAAUGGACGUGCUAAGGGCGCUGCUAGACUACCGGGAAACGCAGGUGUUUAUCAGAGUGGCGGAGCACUUUAUGAAAGAGGGGUGGUUCCGGUCCAACCUGGCCGACCACAACAAGCUGCUCAAUGUGUUCGUCAAGAACGGCUUUUUUCUGAAGGCCGAAAACCGCUACCGCAAAAUGCUCUCAAAAGGUAUCCAGCCAGACCGCACGACCUACACUCUGAUGAUCCAGCACUACGGGCUGUGGAAGAGGCCGGACCGCGCAGAAGAGCUGUUCCUGGAGAUGAAGACCAGAAACAUACAUCCAAACGAGGACACGUUCGUUGCGCUCAUGGGGGCGCUGACAAAGGCGGGCCGGUUGGUGGAGGCAGAGCGGCUGCUCAAGUCGAUGCGCAAGUCGCGGUGUCCCCGGGGGCCAGCCGCUUACGUCACGCUGAUGGAGGCGUACGGCCGUGAAGAAGAGCCCGAGGAGGCGGAGCGCGUCUUCCUCAUGCUGCAAGCGGACGGGAUCCCCUUGGACCGCGCCGCAUAUCUGGGCCUGAUGCACGUGUACUCGGACCUGCGGAAGCCGCACCACGUGGAGCGCGUGUUUCGGGACAUGCUCGCGCAGCGCAUCCUGCCGGACGAGACUUCAUACCUAGUUCUUAUCGACAGCUACCGCGCCGCGGGGCUCGGGAAGAACUGCGAGCGGCUCAUGGAGGAGAUGAAGCUGCUGGGGCUCUCCCCGUACAAGGCCGCCGCUCUCAUCAUGGAGGCGUACGGCAAGGAGCAGCUCUUCUCCGAGGCCGAGCGCAUUCUCACCGACCUCCAAGCCACCACCGGACGUAAGCCUGGCGUCAUGCACUACAACGCGCUGCUCGCGAGCUACGGCCGGCACGGCCUCCACAAGGACGCCAUGAAGGUCUUCGACUGGAUGACGUCAGCGGGCGUGGCGCUCAACCAGCGGAGCCACGUGUUGAUCCUGGAUCUGUUCGACCGCACGGGGCGGAAGGCGAACCUCCGGGCGGCGUUCCGGGCGAUGCAGUCCGACGGAUUCGGGUUGGAGUUUGAGGUGGCGCAAGAAGCGGUGAACGAUUACCGGGCGUCGAUUGCGGAGUACGAACUAGAGGCGGAGGAAGAGCGGGAAGAACGGUUGAGGAAACGGGCGGAGCGCACGGCGCGGUUCAUGGAGAAGUGGGACACGUGGAGCCGCGAGCUGGACGAACUAGACGCGGAGAUCGCGGAGGUGGAGCUCGCGGCGGAGCGGCGGAUGGACAAGUGGGCGGACCGCACGCGCACGUACUAGCGAUGAAUGGCGGCGUGUACUUACGUCAGCGGAAGAGCUGUUACUCUCGAGGGGGACGGACAGAAGGGCGGCGCGCAUGCGGGGUAAUCCUGCAUCCGUACGAGCUGAGGGUGUUGCAGAGUGUUUUGGGUGUUCAAGAGCUAGCCGACGGGUGCGGCAGGCCAGUUUCAAUACGCCAUGCUCUGAAGUGUGGGACGGCUGUUCUCGAUACUUAAGACGUUCACCGGCGACCUUUAUCAGCCGAGUCGACUAUCUGAUCACGCAGUGGCGGACGGCGCUUGCUGUUGCAUGAGGCAUCCAGCUUUUCAGUCCCGCAUGUGCAUUGGCGGCCGCUUGCCAAGAAAGUCAGUGCAGAACAAUGGUCAAUUUGCCACGACAUGCCGGUUCAUCGGAACAGUAGCUGCAGAGCCCGUGCAAGCCCGCGCACCUAGAUGUGGCCCGCAUCGCGCUAGCUAAGGGCCGGACCCAUGUCAAUGCUUAUUGAAGAAGCCAUCAAUCCGCCCA